AUGCUACCAUGCCUCGCCCCCGCCCCCUAUUCGAGCACCACGACGACCCUCGCGAACCGUACAAAUAGGAUUCUCGGCGUCGCAUGGGCGCGACCGAUUCUGCACCCACAUCCGCCUGCAACCCUCCCCAUCGAGCGCUCGAAACGUUAUAACCGAUCCCGUCCCCGAUCCCCGAGUCCCGCCUCGCCACAGGGUCACAUCGUCGUCAUCACGCACUUCCUACCUCACGCGCUCCCGCCCUCGCGUCAACCCGCGCGUAUGACGCCCACCGGGUCAUCGCCCAAGACGGUCAUGCUGUACCAUACCGCUUGUGGCCCACGAUCGCAAACGGACUCAGGGACCCAUGGAGCCGCGAUCUACUCACCCCCUGCUGGGCCGUCAUCGCGCGCGCGUCGAGGGGCUUCACUUCCGCGGGCCUCCAGAUUGCCGCAGCCCCCUCGCCGCAUUGGAUCGCAUCGCAUCGCGAUCCGACUCGACUCGAAUACUGCUUUCGAUCCGACCCAACCCGUGACCGCGCGCAAGUUCGACCGUCGCUCAGGCGGGCCCGCGGUCGAAGGACAGAAGGGCAGAAGGCAGAAGGCCGCAGCAGGCAGCAGGCAAGUAGGCUGCAGGCUGCAGAAGCGCAGAAGCGCAGAAGGCGACGCCCGAACCGAAGCGCGCGCGUUUAUCUAUCUAUCCCGAUCGCGGGCGUACACAGCUGCACGCUCGCAAAGCCUAGCAGAGCUUGGCACCUUAUCUGCACGCAGGAACGCAUUAGGUCCCCGGCGAGAAGCCCUUCUCGUCGUCGAUUCCCGGGGCCCGGAGGCCUAG